ACGUGGGCACACGGGCGGCGCGGGAGGCGACGCAGGGGCGCGCGCUCCCUGGCUUGCUGGGCGGCCGGCAGAUUCCCGGGCGGGCCGGGAUGGCGCCUCCUCCGCCUUCGCCCCAGCUGCUUCUCCUGGCAGCCCUUGCGGGACUCCUAGGUCCCAGUGAGGUGGUGGCGGAGCCGGAGGAGGAAGCGAGAGCCGGUUGUCCCGACGGCCUGUGGCCUCUGCCCCCGCAGGUGUCGCCGAGAGUGACUUACGCGCGGAGGAGCCGAUGGCCGGCCGAGGAUGUCAGCUUCCUCUACCACCCCUGCGUGCACCCUUGGCUGAAGCUCCAGCUUGCCCUCCUGGCCCACGUUUGUGUGGCCCAGCCCUCACUGGCCCCUGACUCUAGCCUUACUCAGGAGCGGCCCCUGGUGCUGGCAGCAUGGGGGGUGGUGCUGGAGAUGGCGUGGAUAGAGCCGGCCUGGGCUGCCCACCUGCUGAAGAGGAGGCGGCGGCGGAGACAGAGGAAGGAGAAGGCAUGGCUCUGCUCUGAUGGGCUUUCUGGGUCCUUGGUGCCAAGGCCAGGUAGAGGGAGGCUGUGCUGGAGAGGGUGUGUGCAGGCUCCAGCCUUGGCCUUUACUCUGCGGAGCUGGCGGCCCCCUGGUGCAGAGGAGGCAACUAGGGGGUCCAGGCCCCUCCCUCCUGGUGGUGCCAAGAGGCGUGGGCUGCGGGCUGCCCUGGGUCUCCAGCCCACCCCCUCAGGCCUGAGGUUCGCCUCUGCUUCCCCUCGGAGCUUGGAGGCCAGGCAGCCCAUGUUGGCAGCUCGGGGUGAGGGGGGUGAUGCGCCGCCUGUGCCCACUCUCCGCUUGCUGUCUGAGGAGCUUGGAGGCAAUGCCAGCUCCAGGAUAGAGGCUCAAGUGCCCAAAGGGCAAAGCAGCCCAGGGGGCUGCACCUGUCCAGGGGAGGCAUCCCCAGCCCCUUGGGCAGCGGCACCUCCCGUGUCACCCCGGGUGGCCCGGGGCCCCACCCCGCGCACGGAGGAGGCUGCUUGGGCUGCCAUGGCCCUGACCUUCCUGUUAGUGCUGCUCACUCUGGCCACGCUCUGCACUCGGCUGCACCGAAACUUCCGACGCGGGGAGAGCAUUUACUGGGAGCCCACGGCAGACAGCCAGGACACGGUGGCUGCUGUGCUGAAGCGGAGGCUGCUGAUGCCCCCCCGCCGGGUCAAGCGCUCCCGCCGGAGACCCCUGCUCUCACCCACCCCGGACAGCGGCCCAGAUGGGGACAGCUCCGACUGACCUGCUGCAGCCCUGCCCGUGUCAGGUUUGCUUUGUCACCUGGGAGGCCGCGACCUCUGCCACGUGGACCCUGUGCCAGACCGCCCCCUGGUGGCCAGACGAAGCCGUCCCGCCUGCGCAUCGCGAAGGGGCUUGUCCCUGCGGUGUGGUUUGCUUCUCGCCAUGGGGAAAGCGGCCCUUUCGGCCUCCCUUGCCUGUGUUUCUAAUUAAAUUAUUUUGGUAGAA